UUCACUUAAUAAUAAAUAAUAUGCAAAGCGACAAUGCACCGAUUAAAUCGAAUUCCGGAUUUAAGCAUCUAAAACCAAGAGGGAAGAGCUCCAGUCAAGGAGCUUUGGACUCGGACACCGAAGCAGACAUGAGUGAUUCCGUGCUUGAUUAUACACUAUCUAAACAAGCUUCCACUUCAGUUUUGCAAGUACCGAUGCAUCGCUUAGGACUUUCUGUUUCUCAUCCCAACCUACUUGUGAAAAAUGAUCUAGACAUUUCCAGACUUCGUACACCUACCCCACCUUCAACGCCGCCUACAGGUCUUGAUAUUACCGAAAAUGAAAAGGACAAGUAUUUGACUUUAGAACCAAACGACUUGACAAACUUCAGAAAGUGGAUUGUAGGAUUCUGUAUCGUAAAUUUUGAUCUGGAGAUAGGACAAGCUUUAGAUUAUGCCUAUCCUCCAAUGGAUCUAACCUCAAUUGAACAAAAGAAUAUUUGUUUUUCUGCGUUUCCUGAUUCAAACGUGUUUGAAGUAGGGGAUCAGAUAUUUAAUAUACGUGUCAGAGCAAGCUCCUCGAAAUUUGCCGUUUCUGGCCCAACCGCUGAUGCUGGAUUUCUAUAUGGAUAUGUGUUUUUUCGUCAAAAGAAAGAUCCUCGAAUUAGGCGUGGUUAUUUUCAAAAAUCCCUAGUUUUACUAUCACAACAUCCAUACGUUGGUUUAUUUUCUCGCGUCGUAUCAAUUCUAGGGCCUGCUUAUUUUGAUACGGGACAACCCAUGUUGGAAGCCGCAUGUAUGAACAUAGCCCAAUGGCAGUCUCCUAGAGAUGGGAAGGUACUAGAUUUACCUUUUCUCGGUAAAUUACUGCAAGUUGAAUUGCCUACACCUUUGAAAACUCAGCUACUGGAAACAACGCCAUUCGAUAUGAAUAAAUUGAAGCCAGACAUACAAAUUAUGGCAUCAUUGCCUGUAGGCGGACUGUAUCAUCAUUUUAGGGACAUUUUAAAAGAUCUGUGGUUAUUAUGGGAGCUCAUGCUACUAGCGGAACCGAUUGUAAUCAUUGCACCUGAUCCAGGUGUUUGCAGUGAGGCUGUAGUUUCUCUCGUAGAUAUCAUCAACCCUAUACCCUACUGUGGCGAUUACAGGCCUUACUUUACAAUACAGGAUUCCGAUUUUAAAUGUUUUGUAACUAAGAAUAAGCCUUUGUCCAGUCUGGUAUUAGGUGUCACCAAUCCAUUUUUUAACACAGCAGUCGGGCACUGGCCCAAUAUAGUUCGUGUGGGCAGGCAGCAAUUAAGGAAACCCGAUGGCACACUUAUUCACAGCCAUACGCACCAUACCCAUCCAGGGAAAAAUAAACCUGGGCUUGGGAAUAAAACAAACGUAUUGUUUAAUUUUGUACAGGGAGUUACUUCGAAAAGAAAAUCAGUUAUAUCGAGGGACCGUGAAUUGGUGAAAAUGUUGACAGAGGCAUCGGUUCGAGGGUAUCCACCUGACUGGGUGCUGAACAACAUAUUACGAAGACAUUUUGUCGAUCUAACAGAAAAGUUUCUGGUGCCAUUAAAUCGAUAUUUUAGUACACUUAUCCCAAUCAAUAUAUCCGCAGAUGGUCAAAAACCUCGAUUAAGGCCCUUUCAAACAGACCAAUUUAUGAAAUCCUUAAAAGAGCAUGGACCGCAAUUACCUUUCAAAUCAACAUUUAAAACACGGACGUCAGCAACUGACCCUACUAAAGAAUUGUACAGUCAAUUUCUGAAAUGCGGUAAUUUUGCCACUUGGCUUCAGCAGCGUACUAAUCGAGCAGAGGAAGAAAUGAAUAAACGUUUUCGAUCAUCAUAAAUACAGUAAUGCCUGUAAACGGAUUUGAACCUAAUAUAAUUUGUUACUGUUAUACCCUUUUUUAAAAAUUAUUCGUGCACGUUUAGAAUAUAAUUUCAAUCAGCGAUGAAGUGGACAAUGGAAAUAUGUAUCGGUUAUUAUUAAAUAGGCAUACAGCUUAAGCAAGCAUAAAACCUAUCAUUUGAAUAUCUAAAAUCGAAUUGAAGGGUACGGAUUAAUGCCAUAUUGUAUGUCUAUCCAGCUCUGCCUGAGCUUGCACCAAGGCUAUAAUGUUUCGCC